AUGAGCAAUCGCAGAGGCCGCCAGCAAGGGAAUGCGAAAGGUGCGGCUCGUCGAAAUGCUGACAAUAAAAAGGUCUACGCAUUCCCCCUCCCCCUCUUCCUUGAAGCUCCAUCAGAUAUCCCGUAUCCUAGGAAAUGCAUCACAGACUGCUUAGGGCUUUUCGGGUAUUCUGCACAACGCAUCUCAAAACCUCAUUUAGAAGGCAUUCUCGAUGCACCAUCUCGUUCAGUAUGGAUUUCAAAUACCAAGGAUGCUAUGAUACUCUGGCGACGAGGUUUCUUUGGAAAGGGUAAUCUGUCCCGCAGUGAACCAAGCUGGUUGGCUCGCCAGAUUAAUCAACAGAAAUCCAAGGCUAUUGGAAAAAUGACUGCUGAAGAAGUGAGAGAGAAGAGGCGCAUGGAGCGUAAACAAUUUAAAUUGGACAGAGCCCGAGCGAUUGCCGAGGCAGCAUUGGAAGCUGAGAAAGCAUUUGCUGCUACUGGCGAGGUCCUGGCAGAGUCGAGUGUGGUUAUUCCAUCUGCUGCCACUUGGAAGCCUUCACCGGCUUCGGACUCCAAUCCUGACACUGAACUUCCCUUACAAUCUGGCACUCCUCCAACACUAGGGGAACAGCUUACGGAUGAGCAGGGCGGUGACAUUUUAGACGAGGAUCUGAAAGAUAUGGAACAUUUGCAGCUCACCUUACAAGAAGCGUUCUUUCUAAUAUGGACUAUGGACUGCUUGACUAUCGCAGACCCGAGCACGGGGAGCUCUCUAAACCUGCAGCAAAUAUGGAGAGCAUUUCAAGCUAUCUACUACCCCUCAUUCUUCGUCUCCCGAUCUCUCGACGCUUUUCUCUCUCGAUUCGACAACCCCUUUCUCAUCCACUACGUCGUUUUUCACCACUACCGCUCGCUUGGCUGGGUGUUGAAAAACGGCAUCAAGUUUUGCGUUGAUUACAUGCUCUAUAAGCGCGGUCCUGUCUUUUCUCAUGCCGACUUUUCCCUCGUGGUAUGUCCGGUCUAUGAAGAUCCCUCCGAUCGGGAAGGCUCGCCGUUCGACCUCCAGAAUGUCGGCCCAUUCACCUGGUCCUGGCUGAGCACAAUCAACCGCGUUAAUUCCCAGGUGCAGAAGACGCCUGUCCUGACAUAUGUGACGAUUCCCGCAAUGUCUCGCCUCCCAUCGGAUAUCUUGUCAUCACCUGCCUGCCUUGAACAUUACACAAUUCGUGAGAUUGUCGUUCGACGCUUCAUCCCAGCACGCAUGCGUGAUUAG